AUUACAGACCCGAAAGAGCUUCCAUCAAUGGACUGCUAGGCACAUGGCGGUUAUAAUCACUCAGUGCUCUAAAAAGUUUCGCGCCAGGGUGAGAUUGUAACUUAUCAACUUAUGAUGAAAUUACUCUGCUAUAUAUCUCGUUUUACUAAGAUUUACUGGUGUGAGAAAAUUCUAAGGAUAUUUUUAUAAACUUUAUUUUCCUUCCGGUUUGUAUCUUGGCAACAUCAUUUCACUUUCGGUUUCCUUUCUUGGAAUAUAUUAAUGGCGACCUUUAUGAAUGACACUUUUGCAGUUAAUGAGGGUACUGUGUGUUCAAUUUGUCACGACAAUUUCAAAACACCGCGGUAUCUACCAUGUAAACAUUCAUUUUGCCACGAUUGUUUAUAUUCUUACAUUAACAGUCACUGUCAAAGUACGGAGUCGCGUUUGGGCUUUCAUUGCCCACUUUGCCGGGAUUACAUUCCAAACAUCUGUGUAAAUGACGAUCUUGAAGAAUGGGUCAGAUCUUUUCCUGAAAAUCGAAUCUUAGAAAAAUGUGUCAGCAGUUUGGGAAAUAAAUUCUGCGAAGCUUGUUUACGUGAUAGUGAGGAAGAGGAAGCGACGCAUUUUUGUAUACAUUGCAACGAGAAACUUUGCGCCGUCUGCACAAAAUGUCACAAAAAGGGACUUACAACACGUAAACAUGAAAUAAUGUCUCUGGGCGAGACAUCUAGGAUGGACGUCCUUCCUUUCCAUAGUAAAGAGGAAGUAUGUACAAAACAUCAGGAGAGACCAAUUGAGUUAUUCUGCCAAGAUCACGAGGAGCCAUGCUGCACGAUGUGUGUAAGUACCAAACACAGGAAAUGUGAAACUGUUGAACCAAUAGAAAAAACAGCAACAAAGCUCAAGCAAUACUUUGAGGGGAAAGAAUUUGAUUUGCUCUUGGAGCGUGUUGAAAUUCUGGAAGAUAAGCUAAUGAGGACGAAAACUGAACAAGAAAUGUGUGUAAGGCAAAUGGAAAACACAUCAGACCGAAUUUCAGAAGAAACUGAAAGGAGUUUUAAAGAAGUUAUUCACCAUUUACAAAGUCUGAAAAAUCAGUUCCUUACAAACAUGAGUAAAGGUGUCAAGAAAAGAAAAGAAAGUUAUGAGAAAAAUAUAAAUUCGUUGUUGGAUGGAAUCCACUGCGCUCAGUUCAUUAAAAACAAACUGGAGAAAUCCACGGGGAGUAAAAGUGCAGUCGAGCUUACAGUUGUAUAUUUUAGUGGGAAGAAAUGCUUUGACCGAUUAAAAAAGUAUGAUUUCCAACAGUUGCAGACUAUAAUGGAAGAGAAAAAACCAGACAUUUUUAAAGACAUCAUGGACUUGACAGGUGUUACUGACGUUAAGUUUUUGGAGAAGACAAAUAGCGUAAACACCGAUAUGAAAAAAUUACAAUUGUGUUUGAUAAGCGAACUUUCCAUGAAACAAAAAUUUAUUCGGGACGGAACGAUUCUAUCAUCCGGUGAAUUCAUUCUCUCAACCAGAGACACCAAUCGUUAUGGGAAGGACAAUGAUGAAUGUUUCAUCCUUAACAAUUGUGGGGAAAUUACAAAAAGAAUAAAAUCCAUAUCCAAGCCUUUUGGAAUAACUGAAAACGAGAAUGACAUAAUUGUAGUAUGCUCUGGUUCAAAGUGUCUGCAUUUUUUUGAAAACAAAAGUCUUAAUUUUAAAAAAAGUGAGAAACUCAUAAACGAACCAUAUUGUAUUGCAUACCUUUCCCCUUAUAUGUUUGUGGCGUAUGGUGACAAAAUCAGCAGGAUAACCAAGUCUGGUUCACGUGUUUUCUGCAGAACCAUCAACAUACAACCUUCAGUAAAGCACAUCAUUAGCACAUCAUCACACAUCGUCUACAGCAAUCGUAAGACCAAUGAAGUGGUCGCCAUUAACAGUCACGGUACAUGUACAACCGUGUGGAGAUACAGCAGUCCCGGUCUUCUCUCUCCAUGUGGAUUGAGUGUGGAUGGAGAUGACAACAUCUAUGUAGCGGGAAAAGAGAGCGAUAACGUCCACGUGUUGACCAAGGACGGACGGUGUGUCCAUGUGUUUGAGAAUAUCACCAGACCAGACUUCAUGAAGGUGGACAAAGAGAGAAAGCUGUGUUUUGUGGGCAGCAUGAGGAAGUAUGUCAGGGUGUAUGAGAUGCUGUAGAUAUGUGGAUAAAAUUGAAAAUUUCAUAAAGAAUUGUGGUGUUUGUGAUGUUGUAAGGAUAUUACAAUUACAUUGGUUACGUGCAUGCAGGACAUUUGUUAUGUGGAGUACUGAGAUAAUAAUUUGUGUUUAAAGCUGUAUUAGCGUUUGUAUUUGUUACGCUUUAGCAUUGCCAUGAAUAUAUUAUAUGCUGUUUGGAAUUAGUUAUAAAGUUUGUUUUGUUUUUUCAUAAUCUAACAGACUCAAAUAUGUAGGGUAAUAAAUGUUGAAAAUUCAAAUUAAAGAUAUGUUCUAUUA